GGAAGAGAGAAGCCAAAGGCUAGAAAUGGAGAUUGAGCAAGAAGUAGCAAUGUCUGAACCUGUGAGUCCUGCUGGACAAUAUCUCAGCAGUUCUAUUCUGUCACUUUCUAUAAUUGCAGUUCUGGAAUCAGAAGUUCCCAUUGAUGACUCUCAAACUAUGAGUUUGCUCAAGGAUGUGUUCCUUCCCAUCAACCCUCGUUUCUCUUCUGUUAUGGUUGUGAACAAAAAAGGAGAGAAAAGAUGGAGGAAAGUUGAAGUAAAGCUCAAAGAUCACAUAAAGACGCCUAGAUUCCCAGAUGGAAUGUCAAGAGAAUUCUAUGAUAAUUGCCUUGACGAUUAUCUAUCAAAGAUAGCCAUGGAAGAGCUACCACAGAGCCAACCCUUAUGGGAAAUUCACAUAAUAAAAUACCCAACAAGUGAAGCAGAAGGAAAUGCAAUUUUCAAGCUCCACCAUUCGCUUGGAGAUGGAUUCUCUCUAAUGGGAGCUCUUCUUUCGUGCUUACAAAGGGCUGAUAAUCCUGCAAUUCCUUUGACAUUUCCAUCUGUUCAGUUGCAUAAUAACAAUAACUUGAAGGGCAAAAGGAUUGGCAUUUGCAGAAGCUUGGUGAGAUUUUUCUCUUCAGUGGUGAAUACUGCAUCAGAUCUCUGCGCAGAUAUUGGAAGGAGUAGUUUGGUUGAAGAUGAUAAAUCUCCUAUACGAUCUGCGCAUCCUGGAGUGGAGUUCCUGCCUGUUUCUGUUGUAACUUUGUCCUUCUCUCUUCAUCAUAUCAAACAAAUCAGGGCCAAGCUUGGAGCGACAAUAAAUGAUGUAAUUACGGGGACAAUUUUUCUGGCAACUCGAUUGUACAUGGAGUCAGAGAAGCAAGGUACAGGGAAGACAAGAACAGCAGCACUGGUGCUGCUAAACACUAGGAUGUUUGGAGGCUACAAGUCUGUCCAAGAAAUGGUGAAGCCAAAUGCUGAGCUGCCGUGGGGCAACCAUUUCGCCUUCUUGUCUGUUUCUGUUCCAAAAUUGAGUGGGUCAGAGAUUGAAGAUCCUCUCCAGUUUGUUUGGAAAGCAAGAAAAAUCAUCCAAAGAAAGAGAUCUUCUUUCUCUGUUUUCCUCACUGCUAAAUACCUUCAGCUUGUCAGGAAAUUUAGAGGCACUCAGAGAGUAUCUAAAUAUCUGCAUGGCACAUUGAAGAACACAAGCAUGGGAAUAACAAAUGUAAUGGGGCCAAUGGAACAGAUGGCUUUAGCUAAUCAUCCUGUCAAAGGCUUAUACUUUGUGGUCACUGGUGCACCUCAGAGUCUAAUGACAGGGGUGGUGAGUUAUAUGGGAAAUGUUAGGGUUGCUGCUCUAGUAGAAAAGGACUUCAUAGAUCCACAGAAGUUCAAAUCUCAUAUGCAGAUUGCAUUUGAUAUGAUCUACAAGGCUACAUUUGGAGCUCCUCCUCCACCACCAUCCAAGUAGAAAAUGUUAUACACA